UUGGUAGAUAGGAAUAUAAAACUGUAAGGCACUAUGCAUUUAUUGUAAAAAAAAAAUAUAUUAUAAAUUUAAAUGUAAUCAUGGCUACUGCGGCGGACGUGCGGAGCAUUUUUGAGAAUCGUCUCAAAGAAAACGAUGUAGACUUCCACCCGGCCGACUUAGAGCGAACGAGAGAUGAGAAGUACCUGAAGAGGGUGCUGGCCCAUUGCGAGAAAGACGCUAAGCAGGCUGCCGACAUGCUGUGGGACAUUCUUACCUGGAGGAAAAAUGUCGGAGCUUCCAACAUCAACGAGGACAACAUACGCAUGGACUAUGUUAAAGAAGGUGUCUUCUUCCCGCGGGGCAGAGACGUGGAUGGCAGUCUCCUCCUCGUCUUCAAAUCCAAAAUGCACAUCAAAGGCCAAAGGGACUAUGACGAGUUGAAAAAAAUCAUGAUAUACUGGUUCGAUAGGGUCGAGCGAGAAGAGAAUGGUAAAAAAAUCAGCAUGUUCUUUGAUAUGGACGGUACUGGCCUCAGUAACAUGGACAUGGAACUAAUCAAAUACUUAAUAACCCUAUUUAAAUGUUAUUAUCCGUAUUUCCUCAACUACAUCAUUAUUUACAACAUGCCCUGGGUUUUGUCGGCGGCUUUUAAAGUGGUGAAGACAUUGUUACCUGCCAAGGCCGUUGAAAAAAUGAAAUUUGUCACCAAAGAUACGUUGAAGGAUAUUGUGGCACCGGAACAAGCUCUUGCCUGUUGGGGAGGUAAAGACAACUAUGUUUUUGAAUUCAUACCAGAAAGUCGUAGUUCAGAGCAUACUCCGAAGAAAGUCACAUUUGCAGAGCAGAGCGAAAAUCAGCACUCGCUCGGCGAGAUGCUCAGAAUUGUUCCGAAUGAUACUAUAAUAUUCAAAACAGACAAUGAUGAGAUCUCCGGGCAGUUCACCAUAACAAAUAUGGAUGAGAGUGCGAUAUCAUUCAAAAUUCGUACAACUUCACCAGAAAAGUUCCGGGUUAGACCCAGCUCGGGUACUCUAGCAGCUGGGAUGUCACAAUCAGUCUUAAUAGUUGUCCAACCUGGUUUUCAUCUACGAACAGUUACAAAGGAUCGCUUUCUGGUAAUGUCAGUACAAAUACCAAAGACAGAUAUGACAUCAAAAGAUCUAGCGGACAUAUGGCAGAGUUCGCCUAGUAGUAAAAUAGAUGAAUACCGUUUAAAAUGCCAAUUCCCGGAGAAGGAUUUGCCUAAAAAUGGCAAUUUGCUUGACAAAGUCUCCGAGAAAGACUCACUGUCAAAUUCAUUGAAUACCCUGCAGGUCCAUUAUGAGUUAUUAAACAGAGACGUUAAAAGAAUGAAAAUAUUUCAGUUUCUGACACUGCUAUUCUCCGGGGUGUCGGUGGUACUUGGCUACCUCAUUUACAACUCCACAAGCAUCGAAGACAGGUAUUGCGAAAGAAUGUAGCCCACAAUCCCUGUGGUCUUUGAGAUCACAACAGCAAAUCUGCUGUAUUUUUUAAAAAUGUUAACAUUUGUCAUGAACAUAUUAUUAUACACCAUUUAUUGUAGGUUUUCGUACAAAACUAAUGAAUUAAGCAUGAAAAUAAAACAACUAAAAUUGUCAUAAUUAAACAAUGGUUAUUAUGGGAAAGGGCCAUCAAAACUUUUAUUGAUGUAAUGUGAUUACAGCAUAAUACUCACUGAAUCAGAUAAUGAUCGUGUUUGGAAAUUGUCAUCUACAAAAAAUUAUUAUAAAGAAUAUUUAACACAGUUUAAAAGCAAACAUUAAUAUUAUAAUUAAGUUAGUACAUUCCUUAAAAAGUUUUCAUUAAAUUUAUUUAUUUAGGAUGCUGUUUUCUAUAAAAACUUAAAUCAGUCAGUUAUUGUUGUAUCAUCGAUUUGCAAGAUAUUAAUAUAUUUAUGCUGAUAUAAUAACUUUAUGGGUAGUUUGUAAUCAUAAGUGUGAAGUGUUUGUGAAAAUUUUUCAAAGUGCUUAUUUGAAAUCUAAACUGCCUGAUGACAUUAUAGUCGCAGUUGAGCAUUGUUAGCAGAUAACACGGUGCUUGCACAAAUGAAAAUGCUCUGAAUAAAAUUGUUGUUAUAAUAUAGAAAUGGGAAAUUAGAAAAUGCAUCACAGAAGCACGGGAGCUGUACUAAAAGUGAAUUAAAUCUUAGUUUUAGGGGCGAAAUGUAGAUUUACAAUUAAUUUAUUCGUAAAAAUAAGUACAAAAAAACUAUAUUAAAUUAUAUUAUGAAAUUUAGUUGGUAUUGGGAUUUAUCAGGAAAAUUUUAAAACAAUAAGGUAUUUAACUGAUUUGUAUCUUUGAUUUACUCAAUUAACAUUACAAUGUCAUGCAGAAUAGAGCAUACACAAUAUUUUAUUUUCACACACAGAAUGUAUUGUUAAAAUGUGAUUCAAAAAUUAUGAAAUUUUUAGUUUAUCAUCGAAUAUUUUCGAGUCCAUAAAAGAAUAUUUUACGAAAAUCAUACAGAAAUUAUUACACUUGUAAAAGCAAACUUGUAAAAAGCUAUUUGGUUUAAGCGACAUUUCGCUUAAUACACAAACAUUCAUCUAUUAUAAAAAUGAAAAGUCCGUUUUGUUUGGUAUUAAUCAGCAUCAACAUUUGUUUUUUUUUUAAUUAAACUUUAAUUAAGUUCAUCCCGUUCAAAGUUGAAUGAAAAGAAAAAAGCUGAUGAAGAUUCUUUGUUAUGAUAUUUUUUCCAACUUUUAACUUUAAUUGGCUCUCUGUAAAGUCGCAAAAAUGUCGCUUAAACUAAUUAGCCUUUCACCCCUCGAUAUAUUGUAAAUAACGGCGAAAGUUCAAAACAACUAUUUUAUAGCUACUCGAAAAACAAUAGGUGUUUGUACAAAUACCGCCAAAAGUUCCUGUAAUUCCCUAUGUAUCUGUGAAGUGAUAUUUUUAGUACCUACCUACUCAAGUAUGGGCGUGUAGAAAGAAAUUUAACUUUUGUUAUUUUGAGGCAUUAUACAAAAGAAACCAUUACCGUUUAAUUAUAAAUAAUAUGUAUGUAACAGAAGCAUUUAAAAAACUACAUUAAUAUACAUAAGUGAAAUAGUUAAAUACCCUUAUUGAAUAGGUAUAAUAUAUAUGUAUAUAUGUAAUUGAAAACUAAUAUGAAUAGCAUUAAAAGAAAAAUCUUGGAAACUUGAAACAAUUAAAUCACAAUUAAUCUAUUAAAAAUAAAUAACAUUCCUUAUGAAAAAGACAAAACCGUGAAUUGAUUAGCCAACUACAGUUUGGAAUCAGUCGGAAUUACAAACCUAAGGUAUGCUGAAUUAUUUUAUAUUCGUUGAUGUAUGGCCAAGAAACCUAAUAUCCGGUUGUGUAUAAAAUAAUGUAUAGGAAUGAAUAAUACAUAAGUAAUUUGUAAACUUAUCAUUCUGUGGACAAAAUGGCUAUUAAAGAAAAUCUGCAUCUAUAGGUUUAGGCACGAAAACUCUAAUAGUUAAUCAUGUAUUAACUAAUAAUUAGUGUAUAAAUAACCUCAAACGAACAAACAAAACUGUAAAAUGUUCGUCAGCGGAAUUCCUGUUUCUAUUUCUUUCUGCCUAAUAAUGUGGUUUUAAUCAAUUAUUAGAAUUAAGGCAUUUAAAUAUUAAAACAAAAUUGGAGCUUGCUGUUGGAAAUUGGGGAAGAGAGUGCAUUAUUAUUGUUUUUAUCUAAUAAACUUAUAAACAUUUGAUGGUACUUCUUUUUUGUAAUAUUCAAGCGACAGAUUAAUCUUUAUGGUAAGACGUGACAGGCAUAUUAUUACAUUAUUUCCACCUUGCCCUUAGCAGGUUACGGAGCGAAAAAAAAGCCAGGUGGUACCACAUCUUUUACGCAUGGCAUUUAAAUCUGGUCUCAAAUGUGGGUGACGGCAUAAUUUACUUUGUUGAUAGGCUCCGGUAUCCAUGUAAUGCCAGACACCAACCAGAUAAGCAAAAAAUAAAAAGGAUUUUAGUUGGUUCCUGUUCGGCAUGUUCCAUAUACCGCCAAUACGCGC